ACCUAGUGGCGGAGCGCGGCGUCCGGGGCGAUCAGUAUGGCGGCCGAGCGCAAAACUAAGUUGUCCAAGAACCUGCUGCGCAUGAAGUGUACUCGAAUUCCUCUGUCUUGGUCAGCUAUUGGGGGCUGGAGGGUGAUCCUGACCAGAAGUAGAAAGUAAAGGAGUUCAUGCAAAGGGGACUGGACUCAGAAACCAAGAAACAACUAGAAGAGGAAGAAAAGAAAAUCAUUAGUGAAGAGCACUGGUACUUGGAUUUGCCCGAGCUUAAAGAGAAAGAGAGUUUCAUAAUAGAAGAGCAGAGUUUCUUGUUAUGUGAAGAUCUUCUCUAUGGAAGAAUGUCAUUCAGAGGAUUUAAUCCUGAGGUUGAGAAAUUAAUGCUUCAGAUGAAUGCUAAGAACCAAGUAGAAGAAGUUGAAGAGGAAACAGUGGAGCUCGAUGUGUCAGAUGAAGAAAUGGCUAGAAGAUAUGAGACCUUGGUGGGGACAAUUGGGAAAAAGUUUGCCAAAAAAAGAGACCGUGCCAAUUAUGAAGAAGAUGAAAAUGGAGACAUAAAACCAAUUAAAACAAGGAAGAUGUUCUUAAAGCCCCAAGAUUAAAACGGAUGCCUUAACAUGUGGCUCAGGGUUGCCUUGUGAGAAUUAGCACAUUUUGGAACUCAUUCUGUUGGUUCCUCUAUAGUUAUUAAUGCUGUAAUGUUUAUUUGUAAAGACAUGUAUAAUUUUGGAAACAUGCUGUUUUUGGAACAGAUGUGUGAUGGAUGUUAUACAUCCUUUGCUUAAUGGUAUUCAUCAAGAGUGGAUUUUUAACCCUUGAUCUUCAACUAUACAUAGGUACGUGGUUGCUUCCUAAAGAAUUUUUUAUCUCAGAUUUUUUUUAAUAUAGUUCUCCAGUCACUGACCUUGAAUUGACUCAUGUAAACUAAUACCAGUGUUUAAAUUGCCCUUAUGUUUAUAAUCAUGUCAAGUCAAUUCAUACAUAUAUUUCGGAAUCAAACGUCAUGAGAAUUUAUUAUAUGUAAAUUCAUCAGGAACAAACAUGCCUCUCCAGGCUGAAGUAUUUCCAUGCUACCAAGUCAAUGUCAGUGUGUGGAAUUAUGUUUUUUUGUUUAAAGCCUUUAAUUAAUUAAGAAAAAAAAUUGUUCUGUAAUAAAUACCUGUUUUCAUGUACUUUUCUUUCUCUUAUACUUUCAAAUAAUAAUUUUAGUCUAAUUCAGUAUUGGAGCUUUUGUCCAAUUAGUAACUUCUAAAAAACAGCCAUUAAUUUAGAAUAUGGUGAUGUAUUAGGUUGAACCAUAAGAAAUUGCCUUUUAUGGGUCAAAAACAAUUAUCGAUUUUUGAUAGUUCAGCCCAGUAGAAUUUACCACCAAGCAGACUAUCUCCUAAUCUGAACCUUAUUCUAAGUAGUAAAUACAGAAGCCCAUGGAAUUAAGUGUGUAAGUGUAUCUGUCCAUCUGGAGAUAUGUACCUAGGACAUCUAAGAAAUACUGAUUUCAUCUAAUUAUGUUCCCAGCAAUUAAAUGAGGUGCAUUUCUCCUCUUUCUCUGAAUCUCCUUAGAUUCAGAUUACUCUGUGACCUCAGUUCUCUGGUGAGUUAUGAAAAGGUUGUGACUUUGAAGUUAAUCUGACUCUAAUUCAUUGUGAAGAUGAGGACAGUGCACCUUCUGGCUCCCUACAUCCUGGGGCAGAAGCUCGAAGUUUUUCACAGUGCUUCGCCGGCACCACAAUCCAUGGAUCUAUGGAAUCCCUCAUGAUAUUCUGCACAGCCUUACUUCCGAUAGCUGAACCCAUUUCCCAAUAGAAGAAGUGGAGCAGUGGGCUUGUGCCUCUGGAAUUCACUGGUCUGAGCACAUACCCCAACACCCAGGAGCGGUGGGUGUAAUAGGAUGGUGGAAGGGUCUACUGAAGAUUCAGUCACAGCCCUAG